CUGUCUUCGCUAACUUUGUUCAUUAUUUUUAGUCACGUGUGUUAGCUUUUCCAGUUGUUCAGUUCCGGUGCCCUGCGUCAGACAUAUUUUAUAUACUCUUUUCAUUUUUCCUUAAAUCAGACAAUAGAAGAAUGGCCAAUUUUCUAAACACAGAGGAUCAGGUGAGGAUCCGUGAAAUUGUCGAAAAAUUGAUCAAGCAAAAUUCCAAACGCUAUACCAACGAUGAUGGCUAUGUCGAUAUACCGUGCUCUUCACGGGACAUAUUGGCCAACUGCCCAGAAUUGUCGGGCAUUCAGGCAGUUCCCGAGUUUGAUUCCAUGGUCCCUCAAGCCGGAUCCCCAUACAUCUACCGCUCCGGUCAACUCAUGUCCAUCGGACGUCGUGUAGCCCGUCGCAUGGUAGAUGCGAGUGGCCAGCAGUCAAUGCUACACAAUCGCCACCAACUGGACGAACGCCUGCAAUCCGUUGGAAUAUACCACAAUCGUUUGGCCAAACCAUGCGGAAUUGAUCCCCCGAAACCGGAAGAGGGUGGACGUGGUGACCCCGAUCCCGGCAAGCGCAACUCAUCCAUGGGAUCCACGGCUUGAACUGGUAAAAACCACUUAAGCAACAUUAUGAGCAACUUUGCGUUGGUAACCAUGUCUUGACUAAAAAUUAUUAAAGU